AUGCCUACUCGUCACAAAACAUGUUUUCUCCGUCCUGAUACAGGGCCUUGUAGAGCUGAUAUUCUUCAAUGGUAUUAUGAUGUACGUCAAACAAAAUGUUACCGUUUCUUCUGGGGAGGCUGUCAAGGUAACGGUAACAGAUUUGACUCUAAACAAGAUUGUGAAAAUUAUUGCUAUUUGAAUAAAACUAACUCUCAUAGUGAAAUUCCACACUUUUGUUCACUUUCCUUUGAUUACGGAAGCUGUUUUGGAUAUUUUAAACGAUGGUCUUGGGAUCCCUUGACUAAAACCUGUAGAAGACGACUGUAUUCAGGUUGCGGAGGAAACCAAAACAACUUCCAGAGUCGAAUUGAAUGUAUUUCUACAUGUUUAAAUCCUCCUAACAAUACCUUUGGAAGAAGUCAUAUUUUUACAACUUGUAUUCCCAUUGUUAUUGAUGAACUUCAUUAAACAAUACAAUAUACGUUUC